AUGCGAAUAUUGAGACUCUCGUAUAUACUUGUCUCUACUUAUUUAGCAGCCGUUGUUAGCCUGGCUAACAUUCCAGGAUGUUUACCUCCGGGUUCAAGUAUUACGGCACUUGGAUUCACGGCUAAAUUUUAUCCAUAUGCCAUAGGAGAUCUUGUAACUAUGGCAUCGUUGGCUUAUGUCCUGGGUGGAUAUAAAGCAAAUCCGGUGAUUGCGACAGUGACAGGAGUUACAAGUCCCGACUUUAACGUAUGGAAUGGGGUUUCAUACUAUCCUGCAGUUGGUACCUCCACAAUUUACGGACAAACUAUAACAUUUACCAACUUCACUUUGGAAUUGACUGGGUACUAUUUUGCAUCAACGACUGGUACAUACACUUUCAGCUUGGUCUCAACUGAUGACUCGGCUGCAGUGUUUUUGGGUGACGGACCUGCAUUUGACUGUUGCGACUCAACAUCAUCCACUCUUUCUUCCGAGUUUAUUUUGUUUAACUCAAAGGCUUAUGGAGUCACCGCUACAACAAUAAGUGCAAAAGUUCUGCUUGCUCAAGGUACCUAUUACCCUAUUAGAAUUGUCUACAAUAACGUUUUAGAAAAUGCGGUUUUGAAUUUUCAAGUAACUAAUCCAGGUGGAACAACAGCGACAACCUUUUCAAAUGUUUAUGCUGUCUCGGAUACAUCUGCUGUGUGUACUGCGGCCCCCGUGACUUCCACUUACUUUCAAAUGCCAACUUUAUUGACUACCUCAUAUGCAAACAUUGCUGCGAAGACGACCACUACCUAUACAGAUACAACUUUAGGACAGAUAGUGAUUAAGGAAAUUGACCCCUACGUCACAAAAACAGUCACAUCAGCAGGUACAAUAAAAACCACUACAACAGUGUCUCCAGCACCAACAGAUUCUAUUGAAACUGUGAUAGUUUAUACUUCUGCGGCGAAAAUAACUACUGUGUCUUCCACAUGGACAGGAUCUGUCACUUCGACAUCAAUUGGCUCGUAUAAUGCUGGAACACUUACCGUUGUAGUUGAUAUACCAAUUCCAACAGUAACAGCUACUCAGAUUUGGACUGGAACUACCACAUCUGUUAGUACUGUUACUGCCACAAUUGGUAAGACAGCAACAGUAAUAAACUAUUUACCAAUUCCAACCACAACGGUGACAAAAACAUGGACAGGACUCUCAACAACUACAACCACGUAUACAGCAGGUACAACUGGCACUGUAACAAUUGAAAUUGAUGUGCCCACUCCUCUGACACUUGUCACUUCGACAUGGACUGGAUCAGGAACAACUACUACAACGUUGACAUAUACAACAGGAGGAACGAAAACAAUUGUGGUCGACUUACCUAUUCCCACAUCAACAAUUACGAAGACGUGGACAGGAAUCGGUACGACUUCCACAACUUACACUGUGGCACCAGGUGGAACUGCCACGCUUGAGAUAGAUUUGCCUAUUCCAACGUUGACAACAACAAAGACAUGGACAGGAAUUAGCGUUACCUCCACGACCUACACUGCGACACCAGGUGGAACUGCUACGCUUGAGAUAGAUGUACCUAUUCCAACGUUGACAACAACAAAGACAUGGACAGGAAUUAGCGUUACCUCCACGACCUACACUGCGACACCA